AUGCGUAGAUAUCGGUUUACCGAACUCGGACUUCGUGCGGGGCUUGACUUCGGUGUUGGUUUUGGUUCUGGUUUUGGUUAUCCGAUAGGAGUUCGACAAAGAAGACUGCUAUUUACAUUCUCUAAUGUAAACCUGAUGUGGAAGUCAAGCCGAAAGAGGUUGGAAAAGUUGAAGUGGACAUUGAAGAAGUCAAAACGUCCUUUCAAUACGGACGAUAUUAGCGCUUUCGUGUCGUGGAUGUUGGCGGGUAAUAUAGUGCUUUUAAUCAUUGGUACUACAACGUUCUUCUCGCUAUUGCUAUAUACACUGAACACUAUGCUCGCACAGGAGAUGGUUGCUGAAUGGGUUGGAAAUCUUAUUACUAAAAACUCGAAUUUGACCGUAACUUUCGAGAAUGCUAUUGUUCCUGAUUGGAAAGACGGUAAGAUUCAAUUUAAGAAUUGUACGGUGAGUCGGCGGCCACGAAAUAAAGAGAUGUUCAAGAAGAAGAACAAAACCAUACCGUCCAAGGGAUUAUUUUCGAGGUGGUCAACUAGCCGACAAAAGAACAAGGUUGAAAGUACUAAACCUGUAUAUGACGAUGGAUGCUAUACGCAGUUUGAUUUAACUCUAGAAGAGGUUAACAUUUCACUUAGUUUUAAGAAGUGGCUUAACGGACGAGGCAUAUUGAAAGAGGUUUCAAGUAAGGGGGUCCGUGGAGUGAUUGAUAGAACGCACGUUUAUUGGGAAGAGGGAGAUUCAGCCACUAAUUAUAAGAACGUUGCACAGCCGGGAGAUUGGGAAAUCAACAACUUUAAGCUGGAAGAUGUUUUACUCACAAUGCUCAACGGAGGUGGAUUUAGAGCUUUCUCGAUCUCAAUUUACAACUGUGAGAUUCCAUUACUGAGAAAAAAUUGGCUAAUGUUUGAUAUUUUGAACUCCAAACAUAUCAGUGGUAGUUGGGAUGGCUCACUAUUCACGAUGAAUCGGUUACAGAGAGUAGAUAGUUUUAAUGAGGAGAAGAAGAUUGACCGAGAAGUAAAUAUACAUUUGGGCAGAAACAAGUACAGGAGACUUGAUCUGAUGAACGACGAAAGCUUCAGUAAAGUGACCAGAUUCCGGAUUGAUAACUUGAAGAUUGACCACUUGAAUGCUGGAAUGUCUGGUCCAUUUGGAUGGAUUAAUAAGGGUACCGUUGACAUGAUUGCAGAUGUGAUAGUUCCUAGGAAGAAUUCUUCGCUCAAGGAGGUUUCCAUUGACGAGAUUAUGAGAUACUACAGCAAGAAUCUACGAGGGGAGGUAUCGACUGUACAAGACUCCUCAUCACCUGCAAACAUGGGUAACUUGUUCAUCAUGGACUUUUAUCUCAGGUUGAACAAUCCUCGGGCUUCGGUUCCGUUAUUUUCGAACGAGCUUUCAUACGUGAACAAUGCUUUGAUUAGACCUAUUGUGGCGUAUAUUAACUCGAACAAGACAUUUAUUCCUAUCAGAUGUCGUAUCUAUAAGGAUGUGGCUGACUUUGAUGGCUCCUGGACCUUGUACGACUCCCUUUUGAUGGACGAUUUAUCAGUUGGAGUUUAUGAGAGCUUUGCUGACUACGUAACAAAUGAAGAAUAUCGGUCGGAUCGGGUCAAGAAGGUGGGAUUCUGGUCCCUUCAGUUUCUGCUACAACUAAUUCUUUGGAGUUUAAGCACGUUAAAUGGAUGA